AUGUGCAUUGAUUACCGCCAGUUGAACAAGGUUACCAUCAAGAACAAGUACCCGUUGCCGCGCAUUGAUGAUUUGUUCAACCAGUUGCAGGGUGCUAGGGUGUUCUCUAAGAUUGACUUGAGGUCAGGUUACCAUCAGUUGAGGAUUCGGGACUCAGAUGUUCCGAAGACUGCUUUCCGUACUAGAUAUGGUCACUACGAGUUUCUGGUGAUGUCCUUUGGCUUGACUAAUGCCCCAGCGGUGUUUAUGGACUUGAUGAACAGGGUGUUCAGACCUUAUAUUGAUUCCUUUGUCAUCGUCUUCAUUGACGACAUCUUGAUAUACUCACGUACCCUGGGGGAGCACGAGCAGCAUUUGAGAGUAGUGCUUCAGACCUUGCGAGAGCAGAAGCUAUAUGCUAAGUUCUCCAAGUGUGAGUUUAGUGGGGACCGCAGGUGCGAUGUCCGCAGGAGCGAGGAAGCAGCCGCAGAUGCGGCCAUAGGUGAGAAGGCCAGGAGCCGCAGAUGCGGAAGAAGGGACGCACCUGUGUGA